AUGGUGGUGUUUGAGGCUGAGAGCAAGGGCAACACAGCCUCCUGCAGCAGCACCUUCUGCAUGUUCAGGAAAGAAGUGAUCAGCUCUGAACCUGCCAUGUCUCCUACACACAUCUGCAGCUCCCCAUACACAAUCUCUGCAGUACUUGCUCCAAGUGCUGAGUGCCAACACCAGAUCGCAGCGGUGGGAGGGAAGCGGGUUCGCUCGGGCAUCCUCUCCGUCGGUCGGCAGCUCCCGGUGGGCAGGCGGAGACGCUGCCCCGGCCGGCGCAGGGAGCGGGGCCCUGCAGUGAGUUACAUACAUCAUUGCACUUUUCACGACCCGAAGACGAGGGGUGAACCCGGCGAGAGAAGCAGCCAGCGGGGUCCCGCUGGGGAGGAGCUGCUGGGGCUAUCCAUUGCCACGCUGAGCACAGUUACCCACUAUGGGCUCCAUUUCACCCUCAUCAGCGAUAUCUCCCUGGAUGGCAACUCCUACAGGGUCAUCCACUACAGAGCUUUCUACUUUGGGAUCUGCCUCAGCAUGACCCUGAUCCUGGCAGCCCUGCUGAGCUCUGCCGCCACGGUGCGGGAAUCGCAGUGCCUCACCGCCAUGGGAUUUUUCUGUUUUGCUCUGGCCUUCUGUGGAUUGAUCCCAGCUGCCUGCUGGAGAUACACACACAGCACGGAGGUGGAAGACAGCAUGAUGGAUGUGUAUGAUUUUGUGUACGAGGAGGUGAGGAGGAACACCUCCAGCUUCAGGAGGCACGAGUUGACUGCCAUCCACAAAGCAUUCCUGUGCUGUGGGAAGCACUCUCCUUUUGGGGACACAACCAAUGUUGAGCACAAGACAUGCCCACCUGGCCAGGUGCACGAUGCGGGACAGGACUGCCUACGAGAGAUCCAGGACUUUCUGAAGAAGCACAUGGACUUGGUCUUCUCACUCCUGGGCAUCGCCAUUGGCUUCACGGUUUAUGGGAUGAUCCUAACUUCAUUCCUCUGGUUCUCCAUCCACUUCAGCAGCAAUCUGGACCGGAAAGGCAAAUAUAUCCUGCGAGAGAGCUGUCCUGCAUUUCCAAGCUGGCCAGAGGGGAUGAUGCUCUGAGUAGAAGUCCCACAUCUUUGCCUCAAACAGACAAGGCACCUGGGCUCGGAGAUGCAGAUUCCCUUGCCGGGAGAUGUAGGGGCUGUAGCUCCACAAGUAGGAAAUGAAGAUCCCCUAGAACAAAAAUGGAGAGAGAAGACCAGCAAAAAUGACGGUCAUCUGAGCAAUUUCCUGUGACCCCCAAAGAUGCAAUGUUUCUAGGAAGAUGGUUUUGGAUCGCAGCCCAGGAUCAAUCUUGUGCAAUCGGUAAACAAAUGGACACAAAGUGUGUCAUCACUGAUGGGAAAUUUGCUCUUCCAGCCUGGUCACUCACAAGGAUUGACUUUGGACACAUUUCUGAUCACGCUGGAGUAUGUAGGCAUCCAGUGAUGGUCAGUUGUUUUUCCCCUAUUUUCAGACGUUGCCAGAGAUCAGAAAGAAAAUCAGAAAGUAGUGCAUGAGCUUUGAAACAAUUGACCAGCACAAGGACACAUUCCUGUGUUGUUCUUCCUUAAUAAUGCAAUAUAACAUUAUUUUUUAAUUCUUGAUUUAGUCAACCUCCUCGAGCUUGAUGACACACUGAUUUCACAGGGGCUUGUUCAGCUUCCAGCCCCAGCUCUGUUUUAUUUGGCUUCCCUAACCCACCGCGCUGCUGUGUGCCAAAGGACUUCGAUAUUACACAUACACGCAGAAGUUUAAAUCUAUAAGAGAACAGGACUGAUCUCCAGCCAGGUCAAAAGCUACAAAGUCCAACUCCACAUCCCCUUUGCACCACUCUUAUCAAUAAUAAACAGAACUUAAAAAAGGCUGUCAGUCUGCCUGAAAGAAAAGGCUCCCUGUCGUGCUUUGCCCGCAUGAGGAGGCAGAGCUGCUUCUGAGCUGAAACCCAUCAUUGCAAUGGAUGUAGCACCUGCUGUAAGUUCUAUGGCUGCAUGAAAUGUCUGUUGAUCCAACAGUAGUUUUUACUCCUCUUCUAUGUAGUGGCUUUUAGCUGUGAAAAACGAUAAGUAGCAAUUGUGUAUGAGAUAAACAUGGAAACCCCUCAUGCUGCUGCCGCCCAGGCAGGGGCUACUACACAGGCAAGAACAGCAGGACAUCCUACAGCACUUGGCUGGCAUUUUAACAUGACUGCAAAUACCUUGUGUUAGAAAAAAUUGCACUGUGAAGGAGUGAGGACAGGCUAUUGCUUCUCAGCCCAAUCCCUUGGGACGAGUGGAGCUUCACCAUUGACUUCAGUGGAAGCAGGAUCCAGUUCACACUGCUCCAGUGUAGUACUCAAGCUACCUCCUGACAGUCGCCACCACACCUAAGUCUGGCAGGGAUUUAGGGGUGAUAUGCACUUGACAGCACACUAACUUUCUAGUGGUGAGAAAAUAUUCUCUUGUAUAUGUACUAUCAUGUAUCUUCUCUGGAAAGAGACAAUCUCCCUUGUGAGCUCGAACUGCUACUGUCCAGGCCACUGCUAUUGUUAUUCCUCAGGCCAGCUGGCAGCUCAUGUGACUCAUGGUUGCUUAAAUAAAGAUGAAUUUCUUGGGAAAGCUGUCAUUCCUUCUCUCUUUCUGCCACAUA